GACGAAUUUUAGAUGAAGAAGAAUAUAAGAAAAUCAUUAAAUACAGUCCUUGGAGCCGAGACCGAGGAGACGAGGAGAGACCAGCUGGGAGGGCGAGGCGGUGACUCACACGUUACCAUGGCCGACCCUAAAUACGCUGGACUGCCGGGGAUUGUGUAUGACCAGCCAGAUGUGUAUGAGACAUGUGACCUGCCAGAGAGUGAGCAGGACUUGCCUCCAUCUGAACUAGGGGAGACAGGUGGUGCAGUGGAGGUGCUACACAUCUCUGCAGGUGAUGCUCACCAACGCUUCAAGGGAAAGGUCCUUGAUGCCUCUCACGUAGAUUUCUCAGACAGACUCACAAAUUCACGACGCAAAGGUUAUGAUGCAAGACGUAUUGAGUGGGAGGUGGCUGGUGAGGGGGCAGAAGAGACAGUAAUCCAGAAAUACCAGCGACUGCAGUGUGAGGUGAACCAGCUGUUGGAGGAAGUCCAGGGCAUCAAGGGUACAGUACCAUGUGGGGAAGGUGUGGCAUCUUCUGUGGAGCUUGGUGAGCAGGUGGAGGGUCUUCACCGCACACUGGUUGAUCUGAAACUGGAGGACACCCUAGGAGCAGAGGUAGUGGCUUCAAUCUCUCAGCCACAGCUUGCUCUCCAGAAGAAACUCAUCAACUUGUUAGAGAGCUUCAAGCAGAUUGGCCUUGUGUCAGAAAAGAAACAGAGUGGCAGCAAGAAGGAGGUUAAGGAAAGCAACAUAAGUGGCAGUGGUGGUAAUGGAAUGGUGUAUGAGCUAUACUAUGCCCCAGAACAUGCUCGUCUCAACCAGCUAGCCAGCGUGGCAGAGCUAGAGAAGAAGAUUGAUCGCAUUGAAACUCUUGUUGGAAACAAUCCAGACAAACUUUCGAGUCUGUCGGCGUGGACCAAUCACCGAUCAGUGCUCGGGGCUGUGCAAGUGCUGAGUGCCCGACUGGCUCUGUUGGAGCCAGCACACCUUGAUCACAUAGAGGGCCGCUUGCAUGCCAUACACACACGUAUGAAUUCCAUCUCAGAGAAGAAGGCAGCCAUUGAGGAUGCUGACAAGCAGAGCAAGGUGUCAGAACUGUAUGAACUGGUGAAGAAAACAGAAACACUGUGUUCUGCCCUGCCUGAAGUUGUGAAUCGACUAGUAUCCUUAGAAGCUCUCCAUGACCAAGCUAUGCAGUUCAGUGGGUCAUUGAAGCAGCUUGAUGUGGCCCAGACCCGCCUCAGUGCAGCCCUUCACUCCAAUGCUGAUUUGCUUACAAGUGUACAAGAGAAGUUCUCAAAGAACCUGGAAAUAAUUAAUAACAACAUCACCAACCUUGAUGCCCGGGUGCAAGUUCUCCAGAAGUAGUGGAUGCAAGGCAGUGCUUCUUAUGUGUAUGUAUGUCCUGAUUGAUGGCUCCUGAGAAGCUGCCUUGUGUGCAUGGGGUAAGUUGUGGUGUUUUGGUAGAAGCCUUGUAGCUCUUGUAAGUGGUCUGUGUAGAACUUUUUCCCCAUUUUUAAAAUCUAUCAUGUUUCACUCUGAUAUUCAUAUACUAAAUACACUUUGGUAUUUUACACUGAAAUAGCACCUCAAGUAUUGCUUCAUGUGUACAAGUAUGAGAUUAUAAAACAAUCUGCAAUUUUUUUUUUUUUUUUUUUUUUUUUUUUUUUUUUUACACCUUUGUGCACAAUUUCUGUUGUCUUGCAAUCACUAAUUUCAAGCUGCAAAAACUCACUCUAAACAAAUUAUAUAUAUAUAUAUAUAUAUAUAUAUAUAUAUAUAUAUAGAUAUAUAUAUAUAUAUAUAUAUAUAUAUAUAUAUAUAUAUAUAUAUAUAUAUAUAUAUAUAUAUAUAUAUAUAUAUAUAUAUAUAUAUAUGGGCAUAAGUUUAGAUUUUUAUGCUUCAGUUGGACUAUAGAUGACAGUGAGAACUAGUAGAAUGUAAUUCUUAAUUCAGUUCUCUGCUUCACUGCUCCAUCAUUCUUACGUUCACAUAGGUUUUCAUCUUCUCAUACCAUAAGUGCUUUUAAUAAAUAGGCAUAAGCUUUAGUGUGUGUCCCAUGUGAUAUUUAUUUAAGAGAAACUUUGAAUGAAUGUGACAAUCUAGGCUUUAGAUAUCUUAAAAGUUGAUACUGUAAAGUAAUUUAUGUGGCUGAAGGCAAGAACAAAUUAAAAUCCAUUGUAAAGUUUUUUUUUUUAAGUAUUAAAAAAUAUAACUUGUACCAUGAAAAUCUUGUUUGCUAACCUUGUAUUCUGCAUACAAGUUGCAUUAAAAAUUCCUUCUUUUUACUGGAAGUAAUAAGUAGUUCAACUUUCAGCAUACUCCAUGCCAUAGAUCAUAACAAUUUCCUAGUUCAUCUCUGAGCUAUUCUAGUUCUGAGGCUGAUACUUGAGAUUAUUUCUAACAGAAAAAUAAUGUUGGAUGUAGCCAUUAACCCCACAAAAAUGGUUCUUAGAAAGCUCAUAAUGAAUUGGGUCUGGCGUGCUGAUAAAGUUGGAACUAAUGCCAAAGGAAUGGCUUAGGUUGCAGCCACACUGAGAGUGAACAAGAGCAAGGAACUUUAAUUCAUUACUACCAAUGGAGGUGGCUGCACUGGCUGCGAGCAGAUAAUGGCGAGAAAGUGAGUAGAAAGGUGAGGAAGUGAGAAGAGUAGACGGCUAACUUUUCUCGCAUAAGCUCACUCGGUCAGACAGAGUGACAUCACAAACUCGAAUGUGUUUGUGAAAACACAGUAAAACAAAAACUAAAUAAAUAGUGAUGAGUUGAAGUUAAAGAAUCACUCUGUAAUGUUUAUAACACAUUUUACAUAUAACCACCAUUCGCAGCAGCUAUGAAAUAAGUACUAAAAUAAACAAUUCCAUCUUAUAACAUGUAAGGCACUAAUAUAUAUAAUAUCAUGUACAUAUGAAUGUAGGAAUGUAUGUGUCGAAACACCAGCUCAGGAUCACGCCACCGGAUGUUGUUGGAAAGGUAGCUAUUUAUGGACCUGAGAGAGUGGCGUGAUAUUGAAAUGGUGUUUCGACACAAUUCCUACAUUCAUAUGUACAUGAUAUUAUAUACAUUAGUGCUUACAAACAAAAAGCCUCCUGAACAUGAUGAUGUAUACAGAAUUUUCAUAAAACGCCAAAUAAGCGAAGCACAGAACUAUUUCUAAAAACAUCUCACCUCAUCCCUCGUGUGCGCUGAUGAGGUAGGCAUGAGGGAUGUGUUGUGUUGCUAGGCUAGUGUUGCCAGGGUACAUACUGCUCCUUCAGAACAAAAGUAUGUUAUGAUUAUCUGACAUAUUUGGCAGUACUUGAGUAGCUUUUUAAAGCCUAUGUAUUAUAUGCAAAGUCUCAGUCUUUACUGUCACAUUAGUUAUUGACUUGACCCUCUUCUUCAUUUAUCAUGUUUUGUACGCAUACAGCUUUUGCGGGACAUUGACAUGUCCCGCACUCUCUUGAGCCAUAAGAACUCUUGGCACUUCAUCAUACUAUUCUCUGGUAAAAGAGAUUUCAACACACAUGCCAUGACGUCCAGGACAUCAGCUGGUGGUCGGUCUGUUGACUAUUAAUAAAAAAAGGCGGGCGCGGCACCACGGGUUGUACUGCCAUGACAACCCUCGCCUCUACUCACUUUUCGUGCAGCCAUAGAAAUUUCCCUUUGCACCCUCGCUCUCACCCACUCUCACAUUCUCACUCCCAGUGCAGCUGCAGCCUUAGACAGGAAGGACUUGUAUUAAGAACAUAAGCCUUCAUAUUCUUAUUUGGGUACAGCAAUAGCAUAUUAAAAUGAAAUACAAACUGCAAUGAACUUUUAAUAAUGAUGAGUUACAUUUAGGCAAGUAUGAUUCAUGAAUUCCACCUCAUGAACCAUAAAACCACUAAAUAAUUCAAUUCCUAACAUAAAUAAGACUGAUCAUUUAUCCUCAGCCUUUAUAAUACAACCUUCAAUCAGGCAUCACAAUACUGAAGCACAUGGUCACGGAGCACUUCCUUCUGUAUUGUUAAGGCACAGAGACAAGCAAAACUCCCUUACUGUCAUGAUGGUACUUGGAUACAACAGCAUACUGAUAUAAUGACAAACCACAACCAAUGUUUUUUGUGUGAAUUAUCAGGUUGAUAUCCUCAACCAUUUGGCAAAGAAAACCACUACAAUUCAUAGCUCUUCAGGGUGGUAAAUGAUAAAUGGACGUCGAAGUAAUGGAGCCACACACACUAGGUAGUGCUUUGCCAUGAUGCUUAUCUCCAUUUCCUUGGCCUCUGAACCUAAGUAGGGUAUUCACCCCCUAUUCUAAGACACAGCCACAGUAUCAUCCCUUACUAAUUACCUUCUUAUUUUUUAUCCUUAGUCCUUAAUUACUAACAAGCCUUGAAGAGGAUAACAAUUCAUAAGUUUUUUUUUCUUUCUGCAGCCUUGGUCAGGGUAUGAAAACAAGUGAAUGAAUCAUCUACCCAGCAGCCAGUGUCACCAUCACAUUAAUGAUUUCUUAUCUACACCUGUGUUUUAAGAUUUUUUUUAUUU